AAUGACACAAGAAAGAGCAUGUAUGAGAUUGAUUAUAUCCAUAUGAUUUUAUCUUAUCUGUGAUGUCAGGUGAAGAAAAUAAAGCAACACUUCUUGAACUUGGAGCUGUGGAACCCUUAACCAAACUGCUCACUCAUGAAGACAAAACUGUAAGAAGAAAUGCCACCAUGAUAUUUGGAAUCCUAACUUCUAACAAUGAUGUUAAAAAAUUGCUAAGGAAGUUAGAUGUCAUGAAUUCUGUGAUUGCCCAGCUCACCCCGGAAGAAGAAGUAGUUAUCCAUGAGUUUGCUAGUCUUUGCCUAGCAAACAUGUCCGUAGAGUAUACCGGUAAAGUGCAAAUACUUGAACAUGGUGGAUUGGAGCCACUCAUCAGACUGCUGAGGAGUCCCGAUCCUGAUGUGAAGAAGAAUUCUAUUGAAAGCAUUUACAACUUGGCCCAGGAUUUUGAGUGUCGAGCUGCACUUCAAGAACUAAAUGCAAUUCCUCCUGUAUUAGAUCUCUUGAAAUCAGAAUAUCCAAUUAUUCAGCUGUUGGCUCUCAAAACGUUGGGUGCUAUGACAAAUAGUAAGAAGUCCCAGGCAAUGCUGAGAGACAAUCAAGGACUGGACCAGCUUAUUAAGAUCCUAGAAACCAAGGAUUUGAAUGACCUUCACAUAGAAGCACUUUCAGUGGUGGCUAAUUGCCUUGAAGAUAUGGAUAGUAUGGUGCUGAUUCAGCGGACAGGGGCGCUGCAAAAGCUCCUUGCAUUUGCAGAGAGCUCUACAGUACCUGACAUCCAGAAGAAUGCAGCAAAAGCAAUUGCCAAAGCAGCUUAUUACUCAUACGUCUGUGCCACUGCUGAAGCUGAAGGCAUCCAGCCAUUAGUAAACACCCUGUCCAGUAAACGCGACGGAGCCGUAGCCAACGCGGCCACCGUACUGACCAACAUGGCGCUGCAGGAGCCCCUGCGCGAGGCCAUGCAGAGCCACGAACUCAUGCAGGCUCUCAUCGGCCCGCUGGGCUCAGCCAACACCCUCGUGCAGAGCAGGGUUGCCCUUGCCGUCGCUGCCACGGCCUGUGAUGUGGAAGCUCGCACAGAGUUAAGAAAUCGAGGUGGGCUGGAGCCCCUAGUGGAGCUCUUGCACUCCAAGAACAAUGAAGUAAGAAGGCACGCCAGCCAGGCCGUGAUGGUCUGUGCCAAUGAUGAGCUGACGGCCACUGAGCUGUGCAAGCUCGGGGCUUUGGAUAUCCUUGAGGAAAUUAAUCUAUCAAUUAGCCUAAAAAAUAAAUUCAGUGAGGCAGCUUAUAACAAAUUGCUCAACAAUAACCUUUCCCUGAAAUACAGCCAGACUGGCUAUUUGUCAUCAAAUGACAUAAUUAGUGAUGGAUUCUAUGAUUCUGGUCGGAUAAAUCCUGGCACCAAACUUUUGCCACUGAAGGAGCUGUGCUUGCAAGAACCUGGUCAUCGACGUGCUGUUCUCUUAAUCAACAACAAAUCUGCUGAUGCUUCUCUGUCUAUGGAAGAUAAAUCAUCAGACAUGAGUUAUGGGCGAAGUAUUUCUUCUUCAUCUUCAUUAAGAAGAGCAAGUAAAGAAAAGCCCAAAAAAAAUAGUUCUCGUUUUAGUACUGGAUUUGGAUGGCCCACAGAACUGAAAUCAGAGCCUACUUCGGGACGAAAUACUGUUCUUAGCAAAAGUGCCACUAAAGAGAAAGGACCGAAAAAAGCCAGAGGGAAAAGGGAAGAGGAGAAAAUAAGAGAGGAGGAAGAGGUCCUCGCAAUACCAAAGCUGGCUGGAGAAGGUGGCCCUGAGAAAGAAUGGUACCCUCCCUCUGACCCUGGCUUCUGCACAUAUGUGUACGAAGUGACCAAGUCAGUCCUGCCCAUGACCAAUAUUAAGGAGCAGAUUGAGGCUCUGGCCAAGCUCUAGCUGAUAGA